AUGUCAUCUCCCUCUUCGAGCGGAGGGUGUCUCUCGCUCCUCACGCACCGACACCAGACCGGUAUCAAAACUCUCGUUACCACUGCCGUCGCGCUCGCUGCUAUGCCUCUACUGGUGGCCGGCCAGCUCGCUUUCGCCGGUUCGUGCAACAUCCAGACGGCUCAGCUGAACCAGAGCUACUUGGGCAUGUACUGCAACAAUCUGAACACAGCGUCAUUUGGCUACAACUGGACAUGGAUCGAUCUCGAUGCGUGCAUCGCAAACAGCAACGGCAACCUGGUUGGUAAAAAAAAUGGCAACUUCCAGAAAUCAUGCUCGGGCUGUGAGACCUCCCUCUCACGCCUCCCAGCCAAUCCUCACGCUGCUGGCCGCACGGGAUCCGAUGCCUACAAGAAGGGCCUCACACUUAGCCUCAAGUGCACCUGCCUCAGCAGCCACAGACGCCGGCCUACGACCAGCACCCUGGAUCUUAACACUAUUCUUGUCGACGUCGACGGCGCCAUGGGCUGUUACGGCCGCCUCGGCAACAAGACGCUUGGGGGGCCGCUCCCAGAGCACUAA